UUGAAGCCGGCUGUAGGCUUGAAAAGAGGUUGGCCCGGGGCAAGUCUAGCUGCUUGGCUCCCUUCACUAGGUUUGGUGAUUGUCCCAGAGCUUCCGAACCCGGGAUCGGAGUGUGAGAAUCGCUCUAGAGGGAGGGAAGCCCAGGUAUCACUAUGGCAACCGCCAGCCCUGCGGCCGCGUUACGUCACCCCUCUCUCCGCUAGAAGCGGCCUCUGCGGGAGGGAGCUGGGGAGUCCUCGAAGGGGGAGCCCCCUGCCUCGUUUAGUGUGGGGCUGUUCCGCCCCGAUCCCUGGGAGGGCUUUGUUCUUUUGUUCCGGCCUAGGAGGAAGGACGGGAGCCGGGCCCCGCCCUGUUUGUCCACCUUCCAGCUUUUCCGCUCCGCAACAGGUGUGUCUUUUUGAGCCCGCGGGAGUGUGAGCCCUCAAGUGUGCACCGAGGUAACCGUCCGAGUACGUGGGCGCCUCUGGCUAGAUUCUAGGGUAGGCGCGAGGGGUUUUUUGGAAUGUGGGGCCGAACCUGCGUACUCGAUCUCCAUUCUGUUUUUGUUCAGCGGGAGUGCCACAUGCCUCUUUAGUGCUCUCUCCGGGCACUUCUCUUUUCCAAGGUCCUCUUGGCCACUGUGCAAACUCUUGAGGUGUGAUUGUGUGACGGUUGCCGCUGACCCCGUCCUGUGUCUCUUAGGGCAGCCAACUUCAGCGUGUGUAAGGGCUCAGACUCCUGCUGGACAUCUGGGCUCCAGAGAGAGGACCCAGCUGGAGGUACGCUGCUUGGGAAAUCCCGGUGUCCAGAUUCCAAGAGGAACGGGAUGAGCACCUGAGAUGGAAGAUCUGUCUUCUCCAGAGUCUGCCCUUCUCCAAGGGAGACAUACUUCAUUCCCAUCAGCUAGUUUUCAGGAAUCUGUGACCUUCAAGGAUGUGGUAGUGGAUUUUACCCAGGAAGAAUGGAAACAGCUGGAUCCUGUACAGAGAGAUUUAUUCAGGGAUGUGACAUUGGAAAAUUAUACACAUCUGGUCUCUAUAGGACUCCAAGUUUCCAAACCUGAUGUGAUUUCCCAGUUAGAGCAAGGGACGGAGCCAUGGAUCGUGGAGCCCAGCAUUCCAGUAGGUACACUUGGAGACUGGGAGACAAGGCCAGAAAAUAGCGUCUCAGAGCUGGUUAUUUCUGAAGAAGAGCCACCUCCAGAGGCAAUAGUGGAAAAGCACAAAAGGGAUGAUCCUUGGAAUACCAACUUCUUAGAAACUUGGGAAUCCGAAGGCAGUCCAGAGAGGCAGCAGGCAAAUGAACAGACCCUGCCAAGCGAAAUAAAAAUAACUGACAAGACAAUUCCUAUUUUGGGCCAAGCACAUGUAAAUACUAACUUUGAAAAAAGCAUCAAUGUGAGUUCAGACCUUUUAACACAAAAAGAAAUAUCUCCAAAAGAGACCUCUACUAAAACAAGCAUGAAACAUAGUGUAAACCCAGUUAAAAAAGAGAAGUCUUGUAAGUGUAAUGAAUGUGGAAAAGCUUUUAGUUAUUGUUCAGCUCUUAUUCGCCAUCAGAGAACACAUACUGGAGAAAAACCCUACAAAUGUAAUGAAUGUGAAAAAGCCUUCAGCCGGAGUGAAAACCUUAUAAACCAUCAAAGAAUUCAUACUGGAGAUAAACCAUAUAAAUGUGAUCAGUGUGGAAAAGGCUUCAUUGAGGGUCCAUCUCUUACUCAACAUCAGAGAAUUCACACUGGAGAAAAACCCUAUAAAUGUGAUGAAUGUGGGAAAGCCUUUAGUCAGAGGACCCAUCUUGUUCAGCAUCAGAGAAUUCACACUGGUGAGAAACCAUAUACUUGUAAUGAGUGUGGAAAAGCCUUUAGCCAGAGAGGCCACUUUAUGGAACAUCAGAAAAUUCAUACAGGAGAAAAACCUUUUAAAUGUGACGAAUGUGAUAAAACCUUUACCAGGAGCACACAUCUUACUCAACAUCAAAAAAUUCAUACUGGAGAGAAAACCUAUAAAUGUAAUGAAUGUGGGAAGGCUUUCAAUGGACCCUCAACAUUUAUUCGUCAUCAUAUGAUUCAUACUGGUGAAAAACCAUAUGAAUGCAAUGAAUGUGGGAAAGCCUUCAGUCAGCACUCAAACCUCACUCAACAUCAGAAAACACAUACUGGGGAGAAACCUUAUGAUUGUGCUGAAUGUGGGAAAUCCUUUAGUUACUGGUCAUCCCUUGCUCAACAUCUAAAAAUUCAUACUGGAGAAAAACCUUACAAAUGCAAUGAAUGUGGAAAGGCCUUCAGUUACUGCUCAUCCCUUACUCAACAUCGGAGAAUUCACACCAGAGAAAAGCCCUUUGAAUGCAAUGAAUGUGGAAAGGCUUUCAGUUAUCUCUCAAACCUUAAUCAACAUCAGAAAACUCAUACCCAAGAGAAAGCUUAUGAAUGUAAGGAAUGUGGGAAAGCCUUUAUUCGGAGUUCAUCUCUUGCUAAACACGAAAGAAUUCAUACUGGUGAGAAACCCUAUCAGUGUCACGAAUGUGGGAAAACCUUCAGUUAUGGCUCAUCCCUUAUUCAGCAUAGGAAGAUACAUACUGGAGAAAGACCUUACAAGUGUAGUGAAUGUGGGCGAGCCUUCAACCAGAACAUACACCUUACACAACAUAAGAGAAUUCACACAGGAGCAAAGCCUUAUGAGUGUGCCGAGUGUGGCAAAGCCUUUCGACAUUGUUCAUCUCUUGCUCAACAUCAAAAAACUCAUACAGAAGAAAAACCCUACCAGUGUAAUAAGUGCGAAAAGGCUUUUAGCCAGAGCUCCCAUCUGGCUCAGCAUCAACGAAUUCACACUGGAGAGAAACCCUAUAAGUGCAAUGAAUGUGACAAAUCCUUUAGCCGUAGCACUCACCUGACUGAACAUCAGAAUACUCAUACUGGAGAGAAACCUUACAACUGUAAUGAAUGCAGGAAGACUUUCAGCCAGAGCACUUACCUCAUUCAGCAUCAGAGAAUUCAUUCAGGAGAGAAGCCUUUUGGAUGUAAUGAUUGUGGAAAAGCCUUCAGAUAUCGUUCUGCUCUCAACAAACAUCAGAGACUGCACCCUGACAUAUGACUCUUCGAGGAACAUCGUAAGCAUAGGGGAUGCAUUUACUCUAGUUUGUCCUUUUGUUAAGUACAGAAGAAUCAGGGUGGAUUGAGAAAUGGCUGAAAAUAUUUUUACUUUUCACUGUCAUGUUGUGGAAUGGAAAGUACAUUGGGCUGAAGUAAUUCAAUUAUGUUGUUAAGCAACUUUGUGACCUUGGCAAAUUCAGCCAUUGUAAGCUUCAGUUUCCUCUGUGAAAUGAGGGAUUUGGAGUAGGUAAUUUCAAAGGUCGUUUGGAGUUUUAUAUUCAGUUUUGUAUAUUCACAGUAUAUUCUUGAAUAGGAUUAUUAUACAUCAGCAUUUUGCUGUGUUGCAUUUAGAGUGUAUGUAUUUAUGCAUGUUUUGCCAAUAGAAAGCAUUUAUGUUUCAGCAA